GAGCCACCACACCCGGCCUUGUAGCUGAGUUCUUGAGGGCAGGGAAAAUAUCAGUCAUCUUUGUAUCCCUCAAGGCCAAACAACAAAUCUUCAACAAACAUACACUUGAAUUAACUAAUCACUAGACAAUUAGAGAAUCUGUAACUGAGAUGUGUAGUAUACCUUUCAUUUGCAUGGAACACGUAUUUUACCAGCUGUACUCUACCAAGCCAUUUUAUGACGCCAAGAAUCUUUACUCUGUGCAUAAUUUUCAGCUCAGAACUUCAUGCUUUGAGGCUGGGUUAAUAAAAGGAUAUGGACUUCGAAUUGAAAGAGCUGUCUCUGCCUGACCUCUAAGAUCAGUAUCUAGGAAUCAAGUUUAUAAUUUGAAAACAUUGAUAACAUUUUUUAAUUCUACCAACUUGAGUUUUUCUGAAGCCCAAAUGAUACUAUGUGUAAGAAAGCCUGCUGUACAAAUGUUGUCUAAUAACUUAAAAAUCAUGUUUUUAAGUCUUCCUAAAGACUUUAUAUAUGCUGAUAAAUUUACUGCUGUAAACCAUACCAAAUGAGCAGAUGAGAAUAGAAACAUAUCACAGAAAAGCUUUAAGUGGAUGCACACUUAUUCAUUCAUUCACUCAUUCAUUGAUCACGCAUAUAUCAAGCCUCUGUAUCUACAUCAUGCAUAGCUCCGUGUGGAAAACAGUGACUAAACGAAUUCAAAUCUGUCCUGUAGGGGUUUAGUUUCUUUGAAUAUAUUAAUAACUAGCAAGCUGUCCUUCUUCGUAUCAACACUCCUUCCCUCAUAACAAACGGUAAGGGACAAGCUUGAAACUCGAGGGCGCUAUCUCUUUAACACGUAAUAGAACUCAGAUUGCCUCGAUCGCAGGCUGCCAACCCUCUGCCUCUCAUCGGUCUCAUUCCUGUUCUGGUUCUAUCCUCCUUCUGGACAUCAAACCUGGGGAAACGCGAGUGUUAGUAAACGUAGACUUUGCUGCGAGGCCGCACCUGACUCUGGAGCGUCUCUCCCGGUAGCUCUCUCCGGCGCCCGCGGAGUCUCGGGGCUCGACUGGCCAUGCCUGGAGCGCGGAGUUUGACUGGGCCGCCGUUGUUGUAGUGACCGGGAGGCGCUGCCUCUCUGGGCAGACGGUUCCGGGCGCCGCACGGUCCCCCCUCUCAUCCCGUCCCCUCCCCUCCCCCGGUUUCCCCCACCCGCCCGAUCCCGGCGCCGAUCACUCCCUCCAUGGCCUCCGCCACGGAGGACCCCGUUCUGGAGCGUUAUUUUAAAGGCCACAAAGCUGCAAUCACUUCUGUGGACUUCAGCCCCAACGGCAAACAACUUGCUACUGCUUCUUGGGACACCUUUCUCAUGGUGUGGAGUUUCAAGCCACAGGCUAGAGCUUACAGAUAUGUGGGUCACAAGGAUGUCGUAACCAGCGUGCAGUUUUCUCCACAUGGAAACUUAUUGGCGUCUGCCUCACGAGACAGGACCGUUAGACUCUGGAUUCCUGAUAAGAAAGGGAAAUCCUCAGAAUUUAGAGCCCAUACAGCUCCAGUUCGAAGUGUGGACUUUUCAGCUGACGGCCAGUUAUUAGCUACGGCUUCUGAAGACAAAUCUAUCAAAGUAUGGAACAUGUUUCGCCAGCGUUUCUUGUAUUCCUUGUACAGACACACACACUGGGUACGCUGUGCCAAAUUUUCACCUGAUGGAAGAUUAAUUGUUUCAUGUAGUGAGGAUAAAACUAUUAAAAUUUGGGAUACCACGAAUAAGCAGUGUGUAAAUAACUUCUCAGAUUCUGUAGGAUUUGCAAAUUUUGUGGAUUUUAACCCUAAUGGUACCUACAUAGCUUCAGCAGGUUCUGAUCACACUGUGAAAAUCUGGGAUAUAAGAGUGAACAAAUUACUCCAGCAUUAUCAAGUUCACAGCGGUGGAGUUAAUUGUAUAUCAUUCCAUCCUUCGGGUAACUAUCUCAUCACUGCUGCUUCAGAUGGUACACUUAAGAUUCUGGAUCUCUUAGAAGGAAGGCUCAUAUACACACUUCAAGGACAUACGGGGCCUGUCUUUACUGUUUCAUUUUCGAAAGGUGGAGAGCUAUUUACAUCAGGAGGUGCAGAUGCACAGGUCUUAUUAUGGAAGACCAACUUUGAUGAAUUGCCUUGUAAAACUCUUAAUAAAAGAAAUCUCAAAAGAUUACAUUUUGAUUCACCACCACAUCUUCUUGAUAUUUACCCAAGAACCCCACAUCCCCAUGAAGGAAAGAUUGAGACUGUUGAAAUUAAUCCAAAGCUUGAGGUAAUCGAUUUGCAGAGCUCUACUCCCCCUGUUGUGGAUAUCUUUUCUUUUACUUCUACCACAACUACAGAAAACAAUGGUAGAAUGAUGCCAGACAAGAGUGAGGAGAUCUGCGGAUAUUUCUUGAACCCUUCCUUAAUGUCGCCGGAAUGUUCGCCAAAAACCAUGACAAAGAAAACAGAAGACAUGAGUGACCUCCCCUCUGAGAGUCAAAGAAGCAUACCACUUGCUGUGACUGAUGCUUUAGAGCAUAUUAUGGAGCAGCUCAGUGUUUUGACACAGACUGUUUCAAUCUUAGAGCAGCGACUGACUUUGACAGAGGAUAAACUGAAAGACUGUCUUGAAAACCAGCAAAAGCUUUUCAAUGUUAUCCAACAGAAAAGUUGAAUAGAAAAGUAUGUAUGAGGAGAGGCAUGCUAAAAUGAACACAUGAACAUAUACUCGGGAAGGUAGUACAAGAUGCUCCAUGCAACACAACCACGUGCUCAUAUUAUCAUGGCAUUUCUUAAAAGGGUGAGCAAUAGAACAAAAGGCAGAAAAGGCAUAUCUGAGGACUAAUUUAAACACACAAAUCAAUGUCAAGGACUAAUUUAAAUCACUACUAUUUAUGAUUGCAGUAAUAAAAUGAUAAGCACUCAAG